AUGGGCGGCCUCGAUGAUGCUGGAGACAUCCUUAAUACCAACUCGCGGACGCUGGCGCCCGCUGCCGUUGGCUCUCAAGUGGUGUUGAUGAGUAUCGUUUCAACCGUUACUGUCCUUGCCUUCAAUUUUUUACGUCCCAAAAACAAGGCAGGGAACAAGCCCCCGCCUCGGAUAAAUGAUUCUGUCUUGUUCGGUUGGCUUCCCCCACUACUCCACACGAAGGAGCCCGAGCUCGUCGACAAAAUAGGUCUCGAUGCAGUCACCUUCCUUCGUUUCCUGCGACUCAUGCGCUGGCUAUUCACCGGUGUCGCCGUUCUGACUUGCGGCAUUCUCAUUCCUAUCAACGCCGUUUACAACCUUAAGAACGUCGAUUCCAGCAACCGUGAUAUCUUGAGUAUGUUAACGAUUCGUGACGUGUCUGGCAACCUCCUCUUCGUCCAUGUUACGGUAUCCUACCUAAUCACCGGCCUCAUCAUCGCGCUUGUUCACCUCAACUGGACGCAAGUCGUACGAUUGCGUCAGGAGUGGUAUCGGUCUCCGGAAUACCUCCAGUCUUUCUACGCUCGGACCCUCACUGUGAGGCAUGUGCCUAAGAAGUAUCAGUCUGACAUGGGUAUCAAGGACAUCUUUGAAUCCGUGCACGUUCCCUAUCCAACAACUAGCGUUCACAUAGGAAGGAGGGUCGGAAAGCUCCCGGAGUUGAUUGAGUAUCACAACGACACAGUUAGAGAGUUGGAGCAAUAUCUCGUCAAGUACCUAAAGGAUGGGAAGAUAGGCAAGAGACGACCAAUUGUAAGAAUUGGUGGUCAUUGCGGUCUUGGUGGGCAAACGCACGACGCUAUCGAAUUCUAUACCGCAAAGCUCAAGCGCACGGAGGCUGUCAUAGAGGAAUAUCGCUCCCAAAUAGACACUCGCAAAGCGGAAAACUACGGGUUCGCUAGUAUGGCCGCAGUUCCUUACGCUCACAUUGUGGCCAAGCUAUUGAGCGGGAAGCAUCCUAAAGGAACGGACAUUGAACUGGCUCCUAAUCCCAAAGAUAUCAUCUGGGAGAACAUGAACAAAUCAGAAGGUGAACUUGCAAGGAAAAAGUUGACCGGAUUCCUCUUUCUGGCCCUCGUAUGUUUCUUCAACACGGUACCCUUGUUCAUCAUAUCAGUGUUGGCCAACUUGGACUCGUUGACUUCAUACGUGACAUUCCUUGCACAAUGGUCGUCUUCAUCACCCACUUCCUUUGCUUUCGUUUCUGGUGUACUUCCACCGGCAGUGUCCGGUCUUUUUGGAUUCUUUUUGCCUAUAAUCAUGAGAUGGUUGACGCAGUAUAUGGGCGCUCUUACGCACUCUAGACUUGACCGUGCUGUCGUCGCUCGCUACUUUGCUUUCCUGGUCAUCUCGCAGCUGAUUAUCUUCACAUUGAUUGGUGUUAUUUUUAAUUCGGUGAAACAGAUUGUUGCACAGAUUGGGAAGAAGAGUUUCAAUGAGAUCAUUAGCAAUCUUGAUACGUUGCCCGAUACCAUUAACAGGACGUAUAUUGAUCAAGCGUCUUAUUGGCUGACGUUCUUCCCUUUGCGUGGUUUCCUAGUAGUUUUUGAUUUGGCUCAGAUUAUCAACUUGCUAUGGUUGUCGUUCAAGACUCACGUGUUUGGUCGUACUCCGCGCGACAUCCGAGAGUGGACUCAGCCUCCCAUCUUUCCGUAUGCCGUGUACUACGGCAACACACUGUUCAUGGGUUCCGUUGGACUGGUGUUCGCUCCUCUCGCGCCGCUAGUGUCCUUGGCUGCUGCUAUUGUCUUCUGGAUGAGCUCCUUCGUAUACAAAUAUCAACUGAUGUUUGUGUUCGUGAGUAAGGUCGAAACUGGUGGCCGAAUGUGGAAUGUCAUCAUGAACCGACUGUUGUUUUGCGUUUCUCUCAUGCAAGCCUUACUUGUUCUGACCAUUGGUCUUCAAUAUGGUUUCAAGUCACUGCAAUGGCUCAUUACUAUUCCGCCCAUCAUCAUUGUCAUCGCAUACAAGAUCUACGCCAAUAAGGUGUUCGACAGCGCAUUCCGCUACUACAAUCCUUCGGAAGACGAACUCCGGCUGGCAAAGGUGUAUUCGGAACGCGCUGAUAACAAGGGCAACAAGCUAGGGAAACGCUUUGGACAUCCUGCUCUUCAUGCUGAUUUAUUCACGCCAAUGUUGCAUGCAAACAUGAUGCCUCUCCUUGGUCAAGUGUACAAGGGCAAGAUUGGCAGAGAUCAAGCCAAACUUGAUGAGUACGGCGGACAAAAGAUGGAUGCACAGAUCGUCGAAGGUGGGAUCAAGAUUGCUGCCAUUGAUCAGCGUGAUCUCGAAUAUGACCCUAUCCAAUAUCAACGUGAUCGUGGCGAACUGGACUGGGACGCACGAUCAGUAACCUCCACUACAUUAUUGGAUGGCGGCCCUUCAAAUUCCAACUUUUAUGGCAGUAGCACAACGUUGCUCAAUGGCUACGACCGCGACCGAUAUCUUGCCGGUGGAAGCAGCUCAACUUCACCUGCGGAGCACUUUGAGUUGACCGCGAUGGAUUCCCCACGAGAGCCUCUGCUCAGUCCACAAUCGCAGAUGUACUAUCAGCAGCAGCAAGGGUUUGAUUCGUCGCAAUCCCUAGCGCCGUCAAUACCGCCAACAAUGCACAAUGAUGGUGCUAUGAGGGAGGCGCCGGUACAUCGGCCGCAGGGCUCUCAGUCAUCAUUUUACGCCGGAGUACCUGUGGAUCGGACGAUGAGUCCAUUCCAGCAGGAGCGGAGUGGUAGCCCAUUUGUGGAGCGCCGUAGUGGCAGCCCACUGGAUGAGCGAACGGCUAGUCCUCGGCCAUACGCCAACCAACAACGGCACUAUUCUCAUGACCGGGGUCCUUCUGGAGGUAAUGGCAGCAUGGCGGGCCGUGGUCCAUACAGAGGUUAA